AUGGAAAUGGAAGAGAAUAGUAACCUUAUUAAGCUGCUGGUAACUGAAAGCAUCAUCGUAAGGAUUCCCAAGGAAAUGCUCCCUCAGGCUCUGUUAAUUCAAACCAAAAAGAAGAAAGGGCCAACUCGUACAAGUGUCACCACGAUUCUCUUCUGCAAUAUAUUUGUUCUGGUGAUUUUAUUGUCGUUAAUUGCCACUCACAGUCAUUGGUUACAAAGGUCAAGGGGGCAAACAGGGAGUGGAUUGUCAACUUUUGAGCAGGUUAAUGAUGUGGUAGAUUCGAAGAAAUAUGAUCUUCCUGGAUAUGCUGUUCUUAAUACUUCAAAAGGCUAUCUUACCAUAGAACUCUUCAAAGAUGGUUGAACUGAGACCGUGGACAAAAUUCUUGACUUAUGUCAAAAAGGACACUUCAAAGGGAUGCCUUUUCACGAUGUGAUAAAAGACUAGGUGAUUCUUGGAGGACAUUCACAAGGCCUUGGAGGCACUGAAGACUGGACAUCAAAAGGGAAGCUUCACAGUCAGCUGACCACAAGUCCAAAACAUGAGGCUUUUAUGGUUGGAACUACAAAAGUUAAAGAAGAUAGCAAAGCAUUUCAGCUAUUUAUCACAACUGCACCAAUUCCAGAUUUAAAUGAUCAACUGUUUGUCUUAGGACGUGUCAUCAAGGGUGAAGACGUGGUGCGAGAAAUUGAAGAGAUUGAUACCAAUGAACAUUAUCAGCCCAAAUCUCCAAUAGGGAUCAUCGAUGUGACGCUGCAACAGGAAAUUUGAGGCUGAGGAUAUAGUAUGCUGAUCAAUCAAUCUGAGACAUCACUUGCAAUAUUAUGCUUCAAUGGCAAUUGUUUUUUCCUGGCCUACUUACUCUCUCUUUCAUUGGUUACAAAGAUGUAAUAACAUUGGCCU